UUGCACACUGAGCAGCUGCAGACAGGCUCUGACAGGCCCCAGGCAGUGCUUGUACAGCCAGAUCCACUCAGGGUGUGUUUGUGAGGCUCAGUCAAAUCAGAACUCAGCUUUUGUUCUCCCAUUAAGGCUAUAUCCAGAUCAUACCAUAUUUUUAUUUUCUUCUGUACCUAUGCUUCAGAAGGGGAAGGCCCAACAGUGACAUUCUUUAUUGCCUUAGCUUUAUAACAGCUAUGGGAAUUUCUUUUGCUGUAAAAUAUAAGGUAUGAUUUCAUUUUUAAAUGGAGUCCUAGAAGGGCAGCUCACAGCCUCCAGGUGGCAAGUCUCAGAGGCAUCAUCCACCGUGUCAUGCAAACUGUUCCUUCUCGUCUCUGCUUUCUCCUGCCAUAGUGCAAAUCCCUUAGAAGAUGGAAAGGUGUAAGCACAGCUGCUGGUGGGGAUGUCAGGAAGGAAAGUGUUAAAUGCUGAGGGUAAACAUCUCCUGAUUUGUUACCUAGUCAGCAGGGCAGAGAAGAUCUCACAGAUAAACCCAGCCUCGAAGCUUCUCCCCAGCUCAACUGGUUAUUGCUCAGCGGCAGCUCUUACUCAUCUGAAUCUAGGUGCCGGCACCGCCUUUCCAGGAGCUCCGCAGAGGCACCAUCGCUUUGCGCGGCCCAGCCUGCGGCAGAGAGGCCUUGUCCUGCCAGCGCCUGCCCGAGCCAUGGUGAAGUACGGCCUCGACUACACGCGCUGCCGAUGGAUCCUUCCCCUGCUCCUGGGCAUCGGGGUCAUCUUCGGCAUCAUCGCGCUGGCAGGCUGGGGCUGGCUGGAGUCGCAGACCUUGCCCUAUGUGCUGCAAGCGUCGCUGUGGCAGAUCUGCAGGAGGCCUGGCCAGGGCGGGGAAUGGAGCUGCGAGUCCCUCAUGGACUACGCCUGGGGAAGAGCCGCUGCUGCCACAUACCUGGUUGGCUUCCUACUUCUAGUCAUCUGUUUUGCACUGGCCAUCAUAGCAUUUGCCAUUGACACUCUUCGGUUCAACUUCAUUCGUGGGAUCGGAGGCUUGCUUUUCGUGGCUGCUGUGUUCUCCAUCAUGGGCCUGGUGAUUUACCCAGUGAAGUUCUCAUCUGAAAUUGAGAUGACAGGAGUCAAUAUGUUCAGCUGGGCCUAUGGCUUUGGCUGGACCACUGCCAUUAUGGAAAUAUGCUUGGGAUUCUUCUUCUGCUGCCUUCCUAACUAUGAAGAUCAGAUCCUGGGUAAUGUCAAGCCCACAUAUUUUUACUCUUCCCCAUAAGCACCAGGAAAAAUGUGUUCAUAUUCCAGAGAUACCUGACAGACUAGCUAUGUUUUUCAGAAUAUUGUCAUCAGAUGUUAGUAGAAAAGGCUGGAAACUUUUCUAAUGUGUGUAGAAAUAUGCCACUGGCAUCUGCAGUAAAGUUAUCUACUCUAUAUUGGACUGUCAUAUCUGAUGUGGGUUGGUCAGAUAAAGCACAAAUGUUAAAACCCCUUGGUUUUCCUCUUUCAUUCCCAUGAGUGGGGUUUAUGUGGAUUCCACUGCAUUUUAAAUACAUUCAUCACUGUAAUGAAAUUCAGAAAAACUUAUUAAACUGGCAAUAAAAAAACCCCAAUGCAUAUCAUCUUCCUGAAGGAAAGAAACUCAAAAUAAUCCCAUUUUAUAUGUAUCAUCUUUAACCUGAGGAUUUUUGCACAAUUUUCAAAAAAGUCAAAUACAUUUGCCCACUGACUGCCAAAGUAAUAAAUUAGUCAGCCAGCACUUCAUAGCUUUGCUUCUAUUUUCAUUCAUUCACUUAAGCCAUAAGGACAGAGUAAAGAAGGGAUUAAAGCUCCCUACCAGAGACAGCAUCUUGACUUUUCCUCAUUCAUGUGGAAUGUAUUUAUUUCUAAAUAUUUACAAGAGUCAGCAAGGAACACCAGUAAAGCCUUAAGAAUCCUGAUGUGCCAUUGCUGGUGCCAGUACAGAGUGGGCAGAGGCAGAAGGGAUUUCAAGCCACCCCUGCAACCUGCAGACUUGGUUUGAUAAAACUCCUGCGGUGGCUUUCUUCUUGGCUGUCUUGACAUUUUUUUCUGCUGUAUCAAAACAUAUGACUUUAAAAUGCUCUGCUAUACUGGCCCAGCUUUUUUAUCCAGUGUAGAAAGGUCAGGUAUGAUUUCCCUGCACCUCAGGAGCUGAGCUGGAGCAGUGUGAGUGUAAGUAUUAUACAGUUGCUAAAAGGCUCCUUCUUUGUUCAUGUGCUGUUCUUAAGUAUUUUUAAAUUGGAAAGUGUAUACUGUCAUAUGUAACUGUAAAAUGCAUAAAUACUCCUUACCAGCUCAUACUAAAGCUCUCAUAAAGAAAAUCACAUCAUAAAACAUCUUCCAGCAUCCUGUACUCCACAGUGCCUCAAGCCUCAAUAUACCGCAAGCAAUGAAGUAUACUGAAGACUCUACUGGUUUCUGCCUUGUUAAACCUAAAUUUAUAACAUUCAAUUCAUUCUCUUAAGUGAAAAAAAGGGAUAAUAUGUGAUGUGGAAAAGGAGUCUCAUCUAAAUCCUUAACUACUGAGGUUUAUUAGCUUGUAACACAUCUGCAAUUUUGUAAUUGUGUGUACUAUAAAAGCCCUGCCAAGUGUUCUUUGUUUCAACAAAUUAGAGAUGGAAAAUUUUUCAGGUAAAAUUUCUUGGUACCUAAAACUAAUAAAGACACAGGGCUUCA